CCCACCCAUAUACAAUUGCAAGAGCCUUAUCCAACGACACGCACUCACACACCCAGUUUCCGCCUAACUGACUUUGACUCAGUACCUGAACUAUUCGACAUAUUGUUUCAUCGCAGCUACGACGACCGUCGAGUCGUUUCCGAGUUCCGGCGUGCUGACUACAUCAUCAUCAUCAUCCCAGUCAACCUACGCCCUUCAACGUUUAUUUCAAGUUACAGAACUACCAAUGGAUCGGAGAGCAUCUACGAGCAAUGGAAGGCGACGCGGCGACACGCUCGUCGCGCACGCCUAUGUCGCCGUACACGGAGGUGCAGGUGUGCACCGCGAAUCCACCGAGAAGGAAGUUAAACAAGCUAUGAAAGACGCUUGCAUUAAGGCGAUCGAAUUAAGCGCCAAAACCGACGCCUCGGCUCUCGACAUGGUCGAAAGCGCGAUUUGCGUCUUGGAGGACGAGCCGCACCUAAACGCGGGCGUCGGCUCGAACUUGACGCUCGACGGAACGGUGGAAUGUGAUGCGGCGAUGAUGUCUGGUCCGUGUCAUGCGUUUGGAAGUGUCGGUGCUAUUCCAGGAACUAAGAACCCCAUCAAAGUCGCAAGGUCCAUACUCGAGUAUUCAGCAAAGGAAGACAAGUUGGGCCGUAUCCCGCCUCUAACACUAGUAUCCACAGGCGCAGCCUCAUUCGCCAAAUCCAACGGAAUCGAACCCGUCUCCCCAUCCUCACUGAUAACACCCGAAUCCCAGUCGCAAUGGAAGAAAUGGAAAGAUAGGUUGCGGUCCCCGAAUGCAAUAGACACCACUUCGUCUCCAAGUUCACCCCCGACAACGAGUUUCAAAGAGAAACUCACAAUUGACGAAGUCCGGUCUCCCAACGAAAUGCAAAGGAGAUUGGAUGAAUCGCUGCGGGAUAGGCAGGACACGGUAGGAGCGGUAGCGUGGCAUCCGAGGGAGAGAAAGGUUGUAGCGGGCGUGUCGAGUGGUGGAAUGCUGUUGAAGCUGCCUGGGAGGGUCGGAGAGGCUGGAGUUUAUGGUGCAGGUUGUUGGGCCCAACAGGGGGAGAGCUUGGAAGGGAACCACGAGAUUGGGGUAGCUUGCAGCGUCUCUGGAACCGGCGAACAUAUAAUGCGGGCCCAACUCGCUCGAACAAUCGGUGAACGGGUAUUCACUGCUCUGCAAGCAAGAUCGGCGCACGAAGACGAACCAACGAAAGACGAAGCGGACAACGAAGACGAGGACGACGAUUUUGACGAAGACAUUGAACACGACCCUUUGGAUCCACACACGAUCCUUGAGCAAACGCUCGGGAAAGAGUUUUGGGAGACGUUCAGGAAGGAAGGAGAGCUCAGUCCGAGUGCAGGGGUGCUGUUGAUGACGAGAGAAGUCGACCGCAACGGAGAAUGCUUGGGUGAGUGCAUUGACGCAAACGAGGCGGAAAGAUACUGA